AUGUUGUUUACAUCGGUCGCGCUUCUGGCGUGCGUGACAUGUGCGCUUUCGCAUGGUGAUCAUUCAAAGGAUCAAACGCCCAUCUCUGGACCACACAAGUCUCUGUGGUACAAUACAUUGCCAGGUGAUGGUGGCACCCAGGCGGAUUCAGUUUUCUCGGGAAUCUCAACCUUCGGUCGCCUUCCCUAUUUUCCUUGCCUAGCCAGUGAUGAGGAAAAAUAUGAUAUCGCUUUCUUGGGAGCGCCAUUUGACACGGGCACUUCAUACAGACCAGGAGCACGUUUUGGUCCAAGUGGCAUAAGACAAGGUUCUCGGCGUCUCAAUCUUUAUGGAGGUUACAAUGUGCCAAUGAAGGCCAACCCAUUCAAUUUCUGGGGGAAAGUCAUUGAUUGCGGUGAUAUUCCGGUGACAUCGUGA